AAAAAAGGCACCAAUUUGUCUUUGCUUUGUCCUCUUUUUCAAACAAGCAAGGAUCUCACUGCUUGCAUCUUUAUAAAAAGGUUAGCCUCAGUGCUUGGCACUCUCAAGAAGCUACCCCAUCUCACUCUUCAUCAACUUCAGCCUUCCCUAGUUACCAACUUUGCUUUGAAAUGUCUCGGGGAAGAGGCAGUGCAGCUCAAGCCAUGGUCAUGGCGGUUGUGCUUCUUUGCUUGUUGCUUCACUUCGAACACGUCCAUGCCGCAACCUAUACGGUCGGAGACGCUGGUGGUUGGACCUUUAACACAGACAGUUGGCCCAAAGGAAAGCGUUUUAGAGCCGGUGACGUGCUAAUCUUCAACUAUGAUUCAACAAGUCACAAUGUGGUGGCGGUGGACCGUAGCGGUUACAGCGGCUGCACGACUCCGGCGGGUGCAACAGUGUACAGCUCCGGGAAGGACAGGAUAAAGCUGAGGAAGGGACAAAACUACUUCAUCUGCAACUCUGUUGGGCACUGUGAGUCUGGAAUGAAGAUUGCUGUUAACGCCGUGUAAUGUUAUGUGAAAUUCAUGGCUGAGGGAUCGAGUACUACUAUAUAUCCCUCCAAGAACUUGUUAUAGUGAUAAUUAAUGGUUCUGUGAGAUGUAAUAAUAUUACUCGCAAGUGUGUGCACUAUAUAUGCAGGCUAGAUG